AUGGGUAAAUGGCGAUAUGGUGUCAUCCUGGACGCGGGUUCGUCAGGAACUCGAGUUCACAUCUACAGAUGGCUGAACAGUGCCAAAGCAUUACAGGAUCCCGACGCCCUCACCCUACAAAGUCUACCCAAGCUAGAAACCAACAAGAAAUGGACGAAAAAGAUUAAGCCAGGCGUAUCGACGUUCGGCGAAACGCCUCAAGAUGUUGGCCCAGAACAUUUACAACAGCUCCUCGACCACGCUCUCGAUAUCGUCCCGAAAGAUCAAGUGUCCGAUACACCAAUAUUCUUGAUGGCAACAGCUGGUAUGCGAUUGCUACCUCAAGUUCAACAAAAUGUACUUCUAUCCGAGAUUUGCGCCUAUGCUCAAAAGCAUACAAAGUUCGACUUACCAGAUUGUGGUUUACAUAUCCAAGUUAUCCCCGGUGAAACAGAAGGACUAUAUGGAUGGAUCGCUGCAAAUUAUCUACUCGGAGGUUUCGAUACACCAGAAGAACAUGCCCAUGGCAAGGGACACCAUACGUAUGGAUUCUUAGACAUGGGUGGAGCGUCAGCGCAAAUUGCAUUUGCGCCCAAUACUACCGAAGCUGAAAAACAUGCAAAUGACCUCAAGUUAUUGCGAAUGCGGACUAUGAAUGGACAACCCGCGGAAUAUAAAGUUUUCACUACGACAUGGUUAGGAUUUGGUGUCAACCAAGCUAGACAUCGCUACGUCGAAAGUCUAAUGGAUGCUUCUUACACCAAGGAUACCAAAGAAUUGCUCGACCCAUGUCUUCCAGCUGGCCUCAAAACAACAUUAGAUGGAGAUGUUGUUGGCGACUUGAAACUGACAGGAAAAGACCCAAUCUUAUUAGGUACUGGUCGUUUCGAUCAAUGCUUAGCAGCGACAUAUCCCUUAUUGGAUAAAGAUGCCCCUUGUGCCGACCAACCUUGCUUGCUUCACGGGCAACAUGUUCCUGCUAUCGAUUUUGAUGUUAACCAUUUCGUUGGAGUUUCUGAGUACUGGCAUACAACUCAUGAGGUUUUUGAAAUGUCACACAAAGAUAGAGCCUAUGAUUUCACGAAAUAUCAAGCUCUGGUAAAAGAUUUCUGUAGUGAGGAAUGGGACGACAUUGAGAAAGAGGUUAAGAAGAAGAAAUGGGGAAAGAAGGUAGAUGCCAAGACAGCGCAAGAAGUUUGCUUCAAAGCUUCAUGGCUAAUUAAUGUUCUUCACGAUGGAAUUGGAGUACCGAGAGUCGGAUUGGAGAAGCCAGGACCAAAUUAUAAUGCGACGAAGGAAAUGAUGCUUCACUCGAAAGGCAAAGGUUUCUUGGAUCCAUUUCAAGCAGUCGACAAGAUUGAUGGAGUAGAAGUCAGUUGGACAUUGGGAAAGAUGAUAUUGUAUGCAUCUGGUCAAGUUCCUCCAGCAAACUUUCAAUUGGCUGGUUCUAAUGCAAAUCCCGUACCUCAAGACGACGAUGACUGGUCCGAUGCAGCUGAUGAUCUCAUUGAGAAGGCACAUUCUCGAUCCACUCCCGGGCUUCUCUUGUUUUUCUUUAUUUUGGUACUCUUCGCCUAUCUAUUCCGCAAGAGAGAUAGAAGACUCCGGUUAUAUAGGGGUUUCAAUACAAUUUUACGUCGGAAUCGUCGACCAGGUAGCCCAAAGAAAGGUUCUCGUGGUUUCUUCGGCACAGGAAAGUUAUUCGGAUCUCGAGGCUCCACUAGUUACGAACGCGUAUUGGAAAAUGGUGAUUCCGCUGCUGAGUUCGAAUUGGGUGACAUUGAUUCAUCCGAAGAAAACGACAAUUCGGAUGGAAGUGAAGGAUCUCGAGUAGGAAGAUCUUCUGGGUUAGCAACGCCGAAAUUGAAUGUGGUUAAUUUUGAGGCGGCCAAUUAUUUCGAUAAUAAUUCACAGCAUGGCCAAGGUAUUGGCCUUGGUCUGGGAAGCGGCAUUCCAAAUGCAUGGAGUAGAAGUGGUCUGGUAGUCAGAACGGAAAGUCGAGAAAGAUUGGCUCCUACUUUGCAUUCUUUGGGUGCAGGAAGAAGAAGUAGAACGGGCAGUCCGACGAGGAAAAGCCCGCUGAUGACACCGCUUGAAGAGUCAUGA